CCACACCCCAAAAAAAAACCCUCUUCCAAAUGGCGCCCAAAUUACCCUGCAUCCUUGCUCUGCUCCUCCUCCUGUCCUCCUCCGCGGCCGCGGCGGAGCGGCUGCAUCCACAGUGGGCAGCGGGUUGCUGGAACGAGAUCUGCCAGGUCCCCGACUGCCUAUUCAGCAUUCUCAAGGCCUUCUUCCCCAAAACCGGCGGCGGAUCGCCCAUCGACGCCGUCAGUGUGCCCUGUUGCUCUGCUUUCCUGACGCUGACAGAGGAUUGUCAGGUGGAGAUUUUCCAGAACAGCUCUGUUGUUACAUUGAUCCAGACUUUCUGCUCCGCCAUCGUGCCGCCGCCCGUGGCUCCUGGGCCUGGGACGGGCGGGGACAUGCCGUGGCCCUGGCCCAACACUCCGGUGGCCCCUGGGCCUGGAAAUGACGGAGACAUGCCAUGGCCGUGGCCGGGGACGGAGCCUCCGGCGGCCGCCCCUGCAUCUGGUGGUGGUGAUGAAGCUGAUGCGGAUUCAACUUGGUCCACUGUUCGUUUUCUUUAGAGUUUGAGGGAGAUUUGGAAUGAAAUAAGUUUGUGAGCAGGGCAGAAAUGUAUUUGCCACAGUUGGGUGGGGAAUUUUUUUAUGAGUAAUAAUUCGAGUUGAUUGUUUUUUUUUUAAUUUGUUGUUAGUUUGUUUUCUAAAGUAAAGUCACAUUUGAUAC